GUAUUUUUUUUUUUGCCUUAUUCACCUUUAACUGAAAAUGAAGGUGUUACUAAACCCACAACAGUAAAAUCAGUCUUUACAUGCAGUAAAGCAUGCUUGUUAUACUCACUGUGGAGCCUAAGAGGUUAAUCCUCUGCAUUGUGUAAAAAGGCUGUUUGAUCCUUUCUUCUCUGCCCCUCCUCUUGUUGACAUGACCACCUGAUACAGACUGAAUUGGUAAUCACAUGCACAUGCUCAGUUUGGUGUGUAUUGCUAGAGAGGUUUUUUUUGGGGGGAGGGUGAAU